CCUGCUGUACAAGAAUUUAGCAUAAUUCAUAUUACCGCUUUAAUAUAUGUGUAGCACGGAUGUUGUACCCUUGGGAUCGCGUUGUACAAAAACAUAACAAUGAAGUUCGAAAUGCUGUGAGUACGUACUUGCAUUUUAUUAUAACUAUUAUUUCAGGCUUAAGUUCUUUUCUGCAUAUGGGACGAGUUACCUGAAGAAUCUUUAUAAAAAAUUGGUUCAGAACCGUAAAGAGAGAGACAUGAUAGAUACAGACAUUAUAAGCCAUUUCAUGAAGUUACAAGAGAAUGAGAAGUCAACUAAAGAUCCUGUACGUUUUGAGGAGCUAAUGACAUCUCAACUGGGUACCCUCAUUCAAGCAGCCAUGUUGAAUGGACCAGUAACACUUUGUCAUUGCUUGCACGAGUUGGCUUAUCAUACAGAAGUGCAGGACAGACUCCGUAAAGAAGUAAAACAAGGCUUUCGAGAAAAAGAUAUUCUAGACUAUGACAGCAUUAAUGAUAUGAAGCUUCUCAACGCAAUUUUAACUGAAACCUUGCGGAAAUAUCCGACUGUAUCCUUUCUAGACAGGAUAACUACAAGAAAGUAUACACUUAAGGAAAACCUUAGUCUAGAUGAAGGUACGCCUGUCUUUGUCAAUCUCCCUGCACUUCAUCAUGAUGAGACACUGUUCCCUGAACCCAUGAAGUGGUGUCCAGAUAGAUUUUUGGGCGCCAAUACAUUUGAUAACCGCGACUAUUCUUUUUUGCCGUUCGGAGCUGGACCUCGGUCAUGUAUGGGAAAACGUUUCGGCUUGCUACAGAUGAAGAUCGCGUUGGCUCAUAUCAUUCAGAAAUACAGACUUGAGCCAGAUGUGCCCUACAUACAAGAAUCAGACCCGUACAGCAUAGUGUUGGCCCCCAAAAGUGGCGGAAGUGUUAAAUUCAUACCAAUGUAACCUUAAACAUACUUGCUUUUAAUAAAUGGAUUAAAUAUAAA